AUGUCAGACCAACAAAUUCAACAGUUUAUGACCCUCACUAACUGCUCUGCAGAUGUGGCUACUCAGUUUAUUAACAAAUCGAAUGGUGAUUUGGAAGAUGCGAUAAACAAGUAUUACGCAAGUUUGCUAGAAGGUAAAGAAAAAAAGAGUGAGUCUGAGGCACCACUAAGAGAUUAUCGUUCUAAUGCAUCAAGCAGUGUUGGAAAUGCUAAUGCUUCACAUCCGUCUUCUGCUGCUUCUGGUAAAUCUGUGAGUUCGACUGGGCCCAAAAAGAAGGAAACGCCAAAGUUUAGGACUAUUUCUCAAAUUGUAAAGGAAGCGCAAGCAGAUGAUGAAGACGAUGAUGAGGCAAGACAUACUUUUGCCGGUGGGGAAACAUCAGGGUUGGAGGUUACCGAUCCAAAUGACUCAAAUUCUUUGAUUAGAGACUUGCUAGACAAAGCACGGAGAGGCGGGGAACGUGGGGCCAGCGGAGAUGAAGAGCAAGCUCCAGGUAAAAAGGCAUUUAGUGGCAAGGGCUAUCGGUUAGGUUCUUCAGUGAACGCUGUACCCGAAGUUUUAGAGGACCCUGAGCAAGCAGUACCAGCUAAACCUAAAAAGGUCACCAGGGAGAUUACAUUUUGGAAAGAGGGGUUCCAGGUUAGCGAAGAUGGUCAGCUAUAUCGUUACGACGAUCCAGCUAAUAGUUACUAUCUAAAUGAACUAAACCGGGGGAGGGCGCCUUUAAAGUUGUUGAAUGUUGAGUUUGGCCAGGAAGUGGAUGUUAAUGUGUAUAAGAAGCUUGAUGAGUCGUAUAAGCCACCCAAGAGAAAGUAUGGAGGGUUUGAAGGCAGUGGACGUAGAUUGGGCUCACCAAUUCCUGGUGAUGCAGCUACAGUGGAAAAUGAAUCCGCACGUAAAGAACCUAGUGUCGAUGUGCCUGUCUCUUCUGAACCAGAAAAAGUGGAGGAGCCCAAGGGGGACGUAAGUGUUCAAAUCAGGUAUGCUAAUGGUAAACGAGAAAUAGUGCGUUGCAAUUCAACAGAUACUAUCCAGUUCUUGUACGACCAUGUUAAAAAGAACACUGAUGAUCCUAGACCGUUUAACUUGAACCAAACCCAUCCGGUUAAACCGAUUAACCAACUUGAAUCAACUAUUGGAGAACAAAACUUAUGCAACUCUGUUGUUGUCCAAAGAUGGGUAUAG